AUGAUUCCGAUUCUUUUGAUACGCUUUGAGAAACUGGAACAAAGAAGUAGAAUAAGCGUCUGCUCUCGAUUCAGAAAAGAUGUCUCUAGUUAUUAUAAUUGGACUUUACCAUACCCGGAUUUAAACGGUUCCUGCACUCAGCCUACCUAUGAUAUAGCUACAGAUAACAACAAUGCUCUUAGAGAACUCAAUUACAUGCGAUGGCUUGUUGGAUUCGAUACUACAACAGUUUUAGAUGAGAAUUUCAAUGAUCAAGUAGUUCAAUGUGCAAUGAACUGUGCUGCAAAUGGAAGAUUAGAUCAUUAUCCAUCACCAACUUCAAAAUGCUAUACGGGUCCAGCAUUUUGGGGUUGCCGCUUUUCAAAUCUUGCAGCUGCUGGUGCUAUUUUGAAUGCACCAAAUGCGCUUCAGCAACUUAUUGAAGAUUCUGGUGACAACAAUCUAGAAGUAGGCCACAGAAGAUGGAUUUUCUAUAAUGGACUUAAAAGAACGACCUUUGGAGGUGCAUAUGAUUCACAAUCUCCAUUGUAUCAAUGUGCUGUAGCGCAGAGAGUUGUAUUCGGAGAUGAUACUCCACUGCAGGUUUUGCCCUUCACCGCUUACCCUCCUCCUGGAUAUUUCCCGGCUCAGUUUGUUUAUAGUAGAUUCAGUUUUUGGGCUCCAGGAAUUCCUUCAAAUGCCGAAUUUAAUAUAUCAGUUAAAAUCAAUGAUGAACCUCAAAACCUAACAGAGAAAUAUAGUUUCGCGCGAGUUGAUGUUGGAGAUGGAGUUGGAGGCGUGAUGUUUUCGUUUGCUAAUUAUAUUCGCUUUUCUAAAAUUGUUAACAAGAGAAUUGACAUCCAAAUCAAGUGUGCAGACAAAGUCUACGAUUAUACAAUAUAUCCUAUUGAUUGUAGUGAUAAACCAAUGCGAACACCAGUUCCAACAAUCGAAGGUGACGAUUAUGACAAACUUGACAUUGGCGAAGCUCCAAAACAAAAACGCCAGAAGAAAGUUGCUAUUGGUGCUGGUGUUGGUGUUAGUCUUGUUGUUAUUGUUAUCAUUAUUCUUGUUUUAUUUAUUGUUUUUCGUCAUGGUUGUUCACAUAAUCACGACAACGACGAAACCAACAACAACAACAAUAACAAUGACAACAAUGAUGAUCAUUCUGAUAGUGGCGAAAACCAUCUUGAAGAUUAA